AGGAGAGGGGGUGGCGAGAGCGGAAGCGCGGGGAGCGGCGGCGGGGAUGGGCCGCAGCCGCUCCCGGUCGCCGCCGCGGCGCGAGCGCAGACGGUCGCGGUCCACGUCGCGGGAGAGGGAGAGAAGGCGACGAGAGCGGUCCCGGUCCCGCGAGAGGGACAGGCGGAGGAGCCGUUCCCGCUCGCCGCACCGCAGGCGCUCCAGGUCCCCCCGACGACACAGGUCCAGUUCUUCCUCCCCGCCGCGGCUGAAGGAAAGGCGAGAUGAAGAGAAGAAAGAAAUAAAGGACUCCAAAGGCAAAGAGCGGCAGAUCACUGGGGCUACACUUACUGAACUCAGGUACUUUGUUGCCAUUUCAGAAGAAGACUUGCAGGGCAAGACAGAAGAGGAAAUUGAGAUGAUGAAAACGAUGGGGUUUGCCUCUUUCGACACGACAAAGGGGAAGAAGGUGGAUGGUGCUGCAAAUGCUUAUGCCAUCAAUGUGUCACAGAAGAGAAAAUACAGGCAGUACAUGAACAGAAAAGGAGGAUUCAACAGACCGUUGGAUUUCAUUGCUUGAUGCUAGGACUGGUCGGUUGCCUGCGAGGAAGGACUUCUGCACCACCAGUGAAUAGCACUUGUUUUCACAUGUGCCGGUAGCUCAGAGACAGCAACUUGGUGGCUUCUCUCUGUAAAAUGAAAUUGGGUUAUUUAUAACAAAUCCAGAUGUACUCGCUCUGCCCCAUAGGAAGAGACGGUAAAAAUCGUUAUUUCCUAGAGUCUUUGGUUUUUAUAAUGUCCAGCUUGGUUUGUUCCUUGUCAGGAUUAUCUGAUGGUUGUACUUUCCUUCUUGUUGUUUGUUUGUUUGUUUUUUCCAAAAUAACUCAGUAUUGCCCAUUACAAUAAAAAUCUGUAUAUAUUUUU